GCUAACACUUAACAACACUGGAUAACACAUGUGUACAUAUGUUUUUUUUCCGGUUCAAUCAUAUGUUUGUUUAUUUAUGUUGUAACUAUUGACAAAUUAAUUCUAAGGAGGUUUUAUAGUUUUAAGAAAAAUAUAAUAAAAUACUGACAACAAUGUCUCUAAAAUUCUUGCUAAAAUGCGUACAAUUUCAGCGCACUUUUUUAGAGAUUAAUAAGCGAUUGCCAAGCUUCGCUUACAGUUCCACUACGGCUGCGAUUAAGAGCGCUGAAAGUUCAGAUGUCACAAACUUUCAUAAUGAGAAACUACAAAAGUAUUUAGAAACGUUACGAGAAGAGUUUUACAAAUUACGUGUACAGCCCACAAAUGAUGUGCAAAUCCAUCAACGAAUUGGAAAAUUAAAUAAGAUUGUACAUAACUUGGAGCAAUAUCGUGCCAUUAAGAGUAAUAUGGUCUCAGCGGAAGAUAUGGCAAAAGAAAAAGACGAUGAUAUGUUAAGCCUUAUGAAAGAAGAAAAUGAAGUUUAUUCAGAUUUAUUGAAAAAAGCAGAAGCGCAAAUUAUGAUUGAAUUAUUAAAUUUUACUGAUAGUGAUACAUGCGGUUCUAUAAUAUUUGAAGUAAAUGCUGGUGCUGGCGGUCAGGAAGCUAUGUUGUUUGCUAACGACUUGUAUGAAAUGUAUAUAAAUUAUCUUGAAAACAAUGGCUGGGAUUAUGAUGUGCUAGAUCAUGUAACAACGGAUAUUGGAGGACUUCGUAAUGCUAAUGUGAUCAUUAAUAGCAGAGAGGCUUUUAACAAUUUACGUUUUGAAGCUGGUGUACAUCGCGUCCAAAGAAUACCUGCCACAGAAAAAGCAGGACGCAUUCACACAAGUACAGUAUCUGUUACUGUAAUACCUCGACCAGACGAUAAAGAAAUACAAAUAUCUGAAAAGGAUUUAAAAAUUGAAACAAAGCGUGCCAGUGGUGCCGGCGGACAACAUGUCAACACUACAGAUUCAGCCGUACGCAUAGUACAUUUGCCAACGGGUCUGAGUGUGGAAAGCCAAACUGAACGUUCUCAAUUAAAAAAUCGUGAGAUUGGUUUAAAACGUCUCCAAGCUAUACUUAUUAAAAGGCAAUAUGAAAGUACAUUAGCAACCACGCAGGCGACACGAAGAGCACAACAGGGAAAUUUAAAUCGAAACGAAAAAAUUCGAACCUAUAACUUUGUGCAAGACAGAGUUACUGACCACCGCAUAUCCAAUGGCACAACCCAUAAUCUUAGGGAAUUUCUUCAAGGAGGAGAACAAUUAAAUGAAUUUAUAUCUCGUAUUGCAAUCGACCAUCGCAAAUAUGUGCUAGCUGAAGUCCUCACAAAUUGGCAGGAGCCCAAAGAAAAAAACAGCAGUUAAAUUUAUCGAAUUGUAAUGUAGUUAAAAAUUAAUGUAAUAACUUGUUAUAUUUGGUUUUUAAAAAAUAUAAAUUUCUUUUCUAUA